UGCUUUUGUCACCCUUGCCUUCUAACCCGUAGCUACCAUGUGUGAGUGCAUCUCCAUCCACGUUGGCCAGGCUGGUGUCCAGAUCGGCAAUGCCUGCUGGGAGCUCUACUGCCUGGAACAUGGCAUCCAGCCUGACGGCCAGAUGCCAAGUGACAAGACCAUCGGGGGAGGAGAUGACUCCUUCAACACCUUCUUCAGUGAGACAGACACUGGCAAGCAUAUCCCCAGGGUCGUGUUCGUAGAUCUGGAACCCACAGCCAUUGAUGAAGUUCGCACUGGUACCUACCGCCAGCUCUUCCACCCUGAGCAGCUCAUCACAGGCAAUGAAGAUGCUGCCAAUAACUAUGCCCGUGGCCACUACACCAUUGGCAAGGAGAUCAUUGAUCUUGUCUUGGACAGAAUUCGCAAGCUGGCUGACCAGUGCACAGGUCUUCAGGGCUUCUUAGUUUUCCACAGCUUUGGUGGGGGAACUGGCUCUAGGUUCACCUCCCUGCUGAUGGAGUGGCUCUCUGUCGAUUAUGGAAAGAAGUCCAAGCUAGAGUUCUCCAUCUACCCAGCCCCCCAGGUUUCUACUGCUGUGGUUGAGCCCUACAAUUCCAUCCUCACCACCCACACCACCCUGGAGCACUCUGAUUGUGCCUUCAUGGUAGAUAACGAGGCCAUCUAUGACAUCUGUCGUAGAAACCUCGACAUUGAGCGCCCCACCUACACUAACCUUAACCGCCUCAUUAGCCAGAUUGUGUCUUCCAUCACUGCUUCUCUCAGAUUUGAUGGAGCUCUGAAUGUUGACCUGACAGAAUUCCAGACCAACCUGGUACCCUACCCUCGCAUCCAUUUCCCUCUGGCCACAUAUGCCCCUGUCAUCUCUGCUGAGAAAGCCUAUCCCACACCCUUGCCAGAAUGAGCUGUCAUUUGUGUUACUGAUAUUGGCUAUUAUGACU